AUGGUAGUUGGGGUCGUCAUGAAACUCAACAUGCCCGUUACGCUGACCGCGACUGUCCUGAACACCAUUAACAUCUGCGUGUUCUGUCGAAAGACGAUGCGAUCCAGCACCAACGCCUACCUCCUGGCCAGCAGCGUCUCACAGCUACUCUACGGCAUCAUCAUGCUCUGCGACGUCGUCGGAUUCAUCACGUACGGCAACGCCACCAACCUUUUUUCCACAGUGUUCGGUAUCUACAUCUCUAACUACGUAGCGGUGGUUCUCAGGCGAUUCACCUUCCUCAUCGCCUGCGUCGUUUCCAUGGAGAGGUAUCUAGUGACAGCCAUACCACUGAAAGCUAAGCAAUACCGCUUGGUUCACUCGCCAGGUCAGUUCAUCACGGGCGUGGCGCUGUUCUCGUUGCUCGCCCACGUCUACAGCUUCCUUCGCAACACCGUCAACACCAACUACAAAGAUGGGGUCACAACCUACAGCGCCUGUCAGACAAGUUUUUACAUGAAUAAUAUGUACGUGUUGAAUGCGUGGUCGACGACAACGCGGGUGCUGUCUGUAUAUUUGGCCGUCACGGCGUCGCUCGUCUUCAAUGUCUUAGUUGUCAUCUCUCUUCGUCGUCAGCGUCAGUUCAGACAAAGCAUCACCAACAACAGAGUGGCAGGCAAAUUGGAUGCCAGGGAGAAGCAGACGACAGUCACCAUCCUCGUCACUAACUUCUUGUCCUUUGUUCUGUCUGUGCCAAUAGUCAGCAACUCCAUGGCGUUUGACCUCAUCCCCGCAUACGGCUACUUCUCCCCCUACUACCAGAAUGUCUACUUGAUGAUACAGCAGGUAGGCUCGACGUGUGUCCUGUUUGGAUUGUCCGUGGACUUUAUCUCUCACAUGCUGCUCAGUGAGAUGUAUAGAAGCACAUUCUUCUGUAUGUUCAAGCCGCGAUGUGUCGCGGUGACGCCGAAGACAUUUCAGAGGAGCUCGAAUGUGACAUCGGCCGAUAAUCUGUGGUGCAUCGGCGUUUAG